UGCAACCGGUCGACAGUGUAGGCAGUCUGUUGAGAAGCUUACCAUUUUUUGAUAAACAAACCGCUUGCUUGGUUGCAGGUCGCCUGUGCAGCUCGAGACCAAAAAGAAUGUAACACGUUCGAAGUCUUGCAUGCGAUUUUAUACCAGCCAGGAUAGCUAGUUAGCUUCAAGUUAACGUUAGAGUUUUCCUCCUGAAAUGACAAAAAGAAACGAAUCUUAUUUUCACCAUUCUACCAGCUAGCUAACGGUAACUAACUAGCUACGCGUCUGCGACCAAUUUUUAGGUAACGUCCAAUAAAUAACUGUAAAAGCUGGUAACAUAAAUAGUAUAAAGCUAAAUAGAUCUGUUUAAACUUCAGCUGACUGGUUGUCUUCAACACUGCGAAAAUUAUCGCGUACAUUAGCUGGAAUCAUUUGAUAUUCCAGAGACAGCUAACAUUGCCUCGCUAUCCUAGCAGUCUUCGGUAAUCGUUUUACUUUUAUUUCAUUGACAAAAAGUCUGAGUACACGAGCAGAACAAUUUAUAGGUUACCAGCCGUUUCUGCCUGAGAAUAUCUUGUUUACUGAACUGCCUGAGUGAUUGGCUACCUAGCCGGCUAGCCUGCUAACCACUCAGUCGAAGGAACCUGGCAAUAGGUUGCUGCUAGCUCUCUGUCACUAGCUAACGUUACUCAUUUGACAGUUCACCUAGGCUACCUAGCUGAGAAGAGCCAGCUUAUAUCAGUUGAAACGGUUUAAGUCUAACGUUAGUGAGCAAAGACUACUAAAACUACUUCAAGGAAGUUACUUUGGAACAACUAUUCAAAAUAGAUUUAACUUGGAUAUGAACAUUUCCUUUUUUCCAGGCACAUAAGCUUGUCGUCGUCUUUUUUAUCUUCCAAAUCGCCAAAUUUCCUCUUAAAGAGCUAACAUUGUAGUGCAGUGGUUAGGUCUUGGUAACACUGUAAGGAAUAAUAGUUGAAUGGGAAUUUGUUCAGUUAAAAAGGGCAUUCCCGUAGCAAUCACUUCAAACCAGCAGAAGCUCCUAGGGAAGCGAAUCAGCUAGCUUGUUAUUAGCUACUUAAUUUGACCGUGCUGUUUUCCUUAUAAGCUGAAGCAACACAUUGAAAACCCUGCUUGGUAGGCUUGAGACUGUAUCUCGAAGCUUACAUAUCUAUCACUUGUCACUGUGUGGCAGAAAUAAUAGAAAACAUUUUAUUUGUAAUCCCCUCUAAGCGGAAACAGAGUGGCGAAAAAGCACAGUUGUUUUCUCAAUUCUGACCCGGAUUGUCAUUUUAUCGGUGUUAUUGUUGAAAAUGGCGGCGAUUGGAAUGGUGCAGAUGUUGAUCGAAGCUGCAGAAUAUCUUGAUCGCAGAGAGAGAGAAGCAGAACAUGGCUAUGCCUCUAUGUUACCCUUCACCAGCAACAAAGACAGGGACAAUCUAAAGAGGAAAAAUAAAAGCAAGAAAAACAACAGCAGCAGAUCGACACAUAAUGAGAUGGAGAAGAACAGGCGGGCACACUUACGGCUGUGUUUGGAACGCUUAAAAUCACUCGUACCCCUGGGACCAGACUCCAACAGGCAUACCACUCUCAGCCUGCUGAUGAAGGCCAAGGAACACAUAAAGCGGUUGGAGGAGGGCGAGCGGAAGGCGCAGCACGCCAUCGAGCACCUGCAGAGGGAACAGCGGCACCUGAGACGCCGGCUGGAGCAGCUGGGGGUGGAGCGCACGCGCAUGGACAGCACAGGCUCCACUGUGUCCUCAGACAAAUCAGACUCCGAACAGGAGGAGCUCGUGUGGAUGUGGAUGUGGACGUGGAUGUGGAUGUGGAGGGUACUGACUGCCUGCUGGGCGACCUGGAGUGGAGCAGCUCCAGCGUGAGCGACUGGGACGAGCGGGCGAGCUGGCGCAGUAGCGGCAGCGACGAGGGCUACUCCAGCGCCAGCCUGCGUCGCCUGGCAACCCCUCAGGAGAACAGCCCCAAGAGCCCUGUGCUGGGCAGCCUUUAGGGGCGCGUCAGAGCAUCUCUGAUGCCCCACACUUACAGCCCCCCCCCCCCCUCCCCCCC